GAUUAAAUGUUGGCACAUCACCCAAAAUUUGAUACCUCCGCUUUUACAAAAUUUUGAUAGACAGAAAUUGUAUUGAGAACGUGGAAAGCUGAUGAAGUGGAAUGUUAUGAAAAUUGGGAAAAACUUUAGCUGUUGGAGGCCGACAGCCGAGAAAAUUUCUGGAAAUGCCACGUUACUACGAGGUCCGUGUGAGGUGCGCUUUGUGAGAACAGAUCGGACUCCUCCGGCGAAGGGAACCUCUCGUCUUCCUUUCCCGCAUCGACAUCGUUCGUGUUAACUGUCACGCGCAAACAUGGUUCAGAUGAAAGCUUAGGGCUUCUUUUUAACAGAGCAAACAUGGGGUCGUUUAGGUCAACCAAAUCGACGAUCUUCGAGAAGGAAGAAAGAAAACAACAAUAUCAGGACCACAUUCGAGGACUCAACGCAUACGACCGUCACAAGAAGUUUUUAAAGGAUUACAUUGACUUCUAUGGGAAAGGAAGAAAUGUGCACGAAAAAUUGCCUGUUAAAACUGAUCAGGACACUCUCAGAGAGGGCUACAGGUUUAUCCGUUCUGAGGAGGAUGAUAUGGACACAUCUUGGGAGCAAAGACUGGUGAAACGUUACUAUGAUAAGCUUUUUAAAGAAUAUUGUUUAGCUGACAUGUCACAAUACAAGACUGGCAAGAUUGGACUAAGAUGGAGAACAGAAAAAGAAGUCAUAUCUGGGAAAGGGCAGUUCAUAUGCGGUAAUAAACAAUGCAAUGAAAAAGAUGGCUUGGCAAGCUAUGAGGUUAACUUUUCCUACUUUGAAGCAGGUGAAAACAAGCAGGCCCUUGUGAAAUUGGUAGCAUGUGAGAGAUGUGCAGAGAAGCUUGUGUACAAAAAACGGAAAGAAGAGCAAUUUGAAAGAAAAGAGAAAGAAAAACUCAAUAGAAAGAGGGAAAGAACAAAAGUCGAUGGUGAUUCAGAUGAUGAGUAUGAAACAAAAAAUAAUAGGAGAAAAGGAAAGAAAGCUUCAACUUCAACAGAUAAUCGAAAAAUCAAUGAUGAAAACUUUGAUGAGUUUAUGGAAGGAAUGUUUCCAUGAUCUUAAGCUGAACAAAAGCACUCUUCCAAAAGCCCUUAUGUACCAUAACAUGAUAUAGAAAUAGAGAAAGUUGGUGGGCAUGAUCUAUAGACUUGCGGAAUUUGGAGUAAUAUAUUUCAAGAAAAUUCAUCUUAAAAUCAUGUUUGAUUUGGUGAUAGUGAAAAACUCCAAUGCCAAUCGAGUUUUUUAGAUUUGCUUUUGUGUUUUCCUUUGAAUAGAUGAGAAUAACAGAAUUACUUUUUUUUUUUUUUUAUUGCGCCACAAUAGAACAACAUUCUGAGAUAUCAUGGGAUGAUGUAUGCAUGGGAUAACAUGGUUUAGUAUGGAUAUCUGCAUCAUUUAGAGUGAA